AUCAAGAUUUGAAAGAAAUAAGCAAAUAUAUAAAAAUUUUGUACCUGAAGGUUACUCUCGACUUGAUUAAAUUAUAUCGAUUCCUCAAAACUAUAUGACAAUUUCAAAUGGAUUUAGAAGAGAAAUAUAAACUUUUAUCGAAAUGUGAGGACGAACUUAUUUGCUUUGUUUGCGAAGAAUGGUGCAAAUCUCCAGCAAGAAUAAAUAAAUGUGGACAUUAUUUCUGCUUCGAUUGUAUUCCAAAACAAAAUAAAUGCUGUCCGAAGUGCCAAGAAGGAUUUUUUCAGGAAGAUAUUUCUACUGUUCAUUGUUAUGCAAAUAUUUUAGAUGAUGUUCAAUUCUUUAAAGCUUCAUUAGAAACUCUUCAACAACACAUUAUUAAGAAUGGCUCCUUGGAAAAUCGCAGUAAUGCAUCAUCAAAUCAGUUUGAAACAUUUGUGGAUUUACCUUUUAAAGUAAGUUUUGCUGAUCCUAAAUCAUUCAAGAAGAAUGCCAAAGGAGAGAGCAAGUUACAUAUUGCAUGUAAGCGUAGAAAUGUGGAAGAAGUUAAGAAACUCAUUAAGGAAAACAUAGAUAUCAACUCUAAGGAUUAUGCUUGUUGGACACCCUUACAUGAAGCAGUUCAAGUAGGAUCAAUUGAUAUUAUCAAAGAGUUAUUAUCAAAUGGUGCGUUAAUAAAUUCUCCUGGUGAAUUCUAUGUUACCCCAUUACAUAAAGCUGUUAUAAUGGAAAAUGUCGAAGUUGUGAAAUUGCUUAUUGAAAAUGGAGCAGAUAAAGAAAUUAUUGAUUUCAAUGGUAGAAAGCCAAUUGAUUGUACAAAAAGACAAGACUUAUUGGAUGCUAUCAAUUAUGAAAUUAAUGAAGCAGCGAUACAAAAACCAACAGUGUUUUUAACUAAUAAGAUAGUUGUCUAUUGUCAUUCUGUGGAUGAAACAUAUAUAGAUAAAUUUUCAUUAUUAGAAAAUUUAAAAAUUUGCAAAGAGUUCGAUGUAAGAAAGCCAAUUAUCACUCAUUUAAUUGUAAAAAGGACACAUAAAAUAUCAUUAAAAAUUCUAUUAUGUUUGGUGGGAGGAAUAAUUAUAAUACCUCAAGAAUGGGUUGAAGAUUUGUUAAAGGGUAAUAUUAAAUUUUUGAUUGAUCCAAUCCUAGAAAAUUGUCCAGAACUGAGUAAGGGAAUAAAAGAUGGAAUCUGGAAUCAGUUACUCAACAAACCUAAACUCUUUGAUGGUAUAAACUUUUAUGUAGAGGGUCCUGAGACGGACAUCAACAUAUACAAUUUAUCAAUCUCUAAAGAUUUUUUGAGAUUAUUAAUUUCUACUGGUGGAGGUGUAAAUUUAAAGCGUGCACCAGCACCAAGAACUAUUGGGGAGGUGAAAUGCUUUCCAUAUCAUGCCACUUCUAAAAGUACCAUAUUUGGAUGUAAUUACAUAAUAAUAUUCAAUGAUAACCACCCACCAAAGCUUCAAUACAAAAUGAGAGAACUUCAACAUAAAUCCUCCAAGUGGUUAAUAGAUUGCGUUAUAAAUUUUAAACUAGUUUGAUUAAACUCAAACUUUUUUUGUGUUUUCAGGACACAAAAGACAAUUGCACCUACAUUUGGAUUUUAACUGUGAAAAGCAAUAACUAACAGUUUUAUUAUAGUCAAAGUUGAGAUUUGAUUUGAUCAUUUAAAAUCAUGAUGACGUUAAUUUUGAGAUCUGUAUGCAUCAUCAUAUUUUGUAUUGAUUCAUAUUGUUAAUUCUUUGUUAUAUCUAUAAAAUAUAUAUUAUAUUC